AUGAUCGACCACCUUUUACUUAUUCCAGCACUGAAUCCAAGAUAUCGACUGUUGAGCCCCGCACAACAAGCAUCUCUCUGUGCGGUGUGGAGGUGCCUUUGUCAGUAUGAAACCGAGGGAUGGGUAAACCUCGCUCAUGUAGUUUUGGAGCCUCUGCUUGUCAGAUAUAAAUGGAUACCGCACAAUCCGCGAUAUGUGCAGGGUGCAAUCAAAUGCAUUGUUGAGUUUGAUAGAAUAGAUUUUGCCGUUGCAGUGAAGGCUGCAUUAGACUCGAUUUCAUUGUCGCAAUACGUAAAGUAG